AUGUCUCCGGGUAUAGAUAACAAACCAAAUGGAUUGUCACCUAUACAAUCCAAAUCUCAUUUAUUAUUAUCAAUUGAUUCUCCGAACAAAGACAAUAUAUCGGGUAGUGUGAUGGAUGGUUUAACUAUAGAUGUGAACGAGCCGGCGUACAAAGUUUACUGGACCAGAUGGUUGACUUUGACGUUCUUCGUGAUGUUCUCGGCGUCAAAUUCGCUGCAGUGGGUGCAAUACACGAUAAUCCAGGACAUUGUGGUGAAAUACUACGGCGUUUCCAGCCAGCUGGUGUCAUGGACAGCGAUAAUUUAUAUGGUGACUUAUGUCCCGCUCAUCUUUCCAGCGAGUUGGCUGCUCUCUAAAACGGGUCUGCGGGUGACAACGAUAAUAGGAUCGUUUGGGACCUGCGCGGGCGCGUGGUUAAAAGUGCUGUCGGUGCCACAGGACAUGUUCUGGCUGGGCUUCAUGGGGCAGACAGUGGUGGCCGUCUCACAGGUGUUCAUACUCAAUGUGCCGCCGAGGCUCGCCGCUGUGUGGUUCGGCGCGAACCAGGUGUCGUCUGCGUGCAGCAUAGGAGUAUUUGGGAAUCAGCUAGGAGUAGCUCUUGGUUUCUUGCUACCGCCGAUGCUAGUGCGUGCACAGGGAACAGUUGAAGAGAUCGGUGAAGACUUUCGUCUUAUGUUUUACCUUGUUGCCGGCUUCACCACUGUACUAUUUGUACUCAUAUUACUAUGUAAGUUCUUAGGGGUCUGA